AUGACUUCUUGCAAGCUUCUUCUUGUCUUGUUUAUUGGUGCAUUUGUGAUUUGCAGUACUGCUGCUAGUGCUAGGAAGCUUACGGCGGGUGGGUUUGAGGAUGAGAAAACUCUGUUUCGUCGUCGUCCGGGAAUUGGUGGUGGUUUAGGAGGAGGUGGAGGCGGAGGUUUUGGUGGUGGUGGAGGUGGAGGAGGGUUAGGUGCUGGUGGUGGAGCUGGAUUUGGUGGGGGUGCUGGUGCUGGAGGUGGGCUCGGUGGAGGUGGUGGACUUGGUGGCGGUGGCGGUGGAGGGUUUGGAGGUGGCGGUGGAGGUGGAAUUGGUGGGGGUGCUGGUGGUGGGUUUGGAGCCGGAGCGGGAGCAGGAGGAGGUCUUGGUGCCGGAGCGGGAGCUGGAGGUGGUGGUGGAUUUGGUGGAGGUGGAUUUGGAGGCGGAGCUGGAGGUGGCGCAGGUGGUGGGUUUGGCGGUGGAGCUGGUGUAGGCGGUGGGUUUGGAGGUUUCCCUUGA